GAUAUUUUAUCUGAGAUUAUUAUAUCAGAGAACACUGCACCAGAGGAUAUUACGCUACCAGCAGACACAAUCACUGCAACCCAAGAUAAUUAUAACCAGGCCUUGUAUGAAUUUCACGCGAUGCAAGUAAAACGUGUGCACGAGAAAGUUGUGCAAAAUGAUGAAACUUAUUGA